AUGGCCAGCCCAAACCUAGACCUGUCUGGGCUGCGGUCUCCGCGACCGACCUCGAUAGUGUCCCCGCGGCUCAGGUCGAGGUCGAGGACCCAGAGCAUCUCCAGUGACCGGCCCUCGACCGUCGGAAACGGCCUGGCGUCGCCGCCUCUAUCCGUCUCCCCCCAGCCAGCCUUCAUCGCCGCCUCGGCCGCCUCGCAGAUCGUCACCAACGACCACGAUGCCCACGCCGAUUCGUGGUACGACGAGUCCGGGAUGCUGCCCGCCGGCGAGACGGCCCUGGUUUCCCAGGAGGCCCUGCAGCUGGUCAACAGCUUCCUCGACCAGCUCCUCUUCAACUUCCUCCAGGUCGCCAAGGCCACGACCCUGGCUGCCCUGCGACCGGCCGUCACCGACGUGUUGAAGCCCAAGUUGGCCAAGGACGCCAUCGGCAACGCCGACCAGGAGCUGCGCGAGUACCUGGGCGGCGCCGACGAGGAGGACUUCGUCCAGCCGCACGGUGUCGACCCGUCGCGCGACUGGGACCUCGAGCUCGUUUGGAAGCGCACCAGGCUGAGGUGCAUGGUCUACUCCUCCCUCGGAGACAUGGAGGAGGAGGAGGAGGACAGCUACAUGGAGCAGGAGCACCUCGAGAUCGGCGACCACGAGUCCAUCACCGACGUCAUCUCCCCCGCCGUCGCCAUCUUCCUCACCUCGGUCCUCGAGUACAUGGGCGAGCUGACUCUCACCGUCGCCGGCCAGGCCGCCUACCUCCGCCUCAGGACCGUCUACGAGAAGGAGCUCAGGGACGGCACCCGCAACCCCUCCGACCUCGCCGACCGGGUCGUCGUCCAGGAGUCCGACAUGGAGCGCGUCGCCCUCGACCGCACCCUCGGCAGGCUCUGGAGGGGCUGGAAGAAGCGCAUCCGCCCCGUCACCGUCGACAUCCACCGCUCCUUCUCCAAGGCCUCCGCCCGCCACAUGAGGCACGGCAGCAGCGCCACCGACCUCCUCUCCAUGAAGCUGACCGCCAGCGAGGAGGAGGCCGAGGCAGCCGCAGACGCGGCAGCAGACGCAGCAGCAGACGCAGACGCAGCCCAGGCUGCCCAGAGGCCCGAGCCGGAAGCCGCCGACAUCCCGCUGCCCACCUCCGCCGACGACGUCGACGAGAUCGAGGUCCCCGGCCUGGUCUCCUACAGCGACUGUGGGGGAGACGACUGCUCCGACGGCUCCGGCAGCCUCCCCCCACGUCCCAAGAGCUCCGCCGGGCCCUCUGCGCUGGCGGCCGACGGUGGUCGUCGAGCUAAGCACGAGAGGUCCAGCUCCCUACCCGUCCUCGCCACCCGAUUCUCCGCCGUCCAGGAUGCCCACCAACCCCCCGGCGGUGGCACACCCGGCGAGGACGGGGAGGAGCGCUCCGAGCAGGCCCCGACGGUGCAGCAGCCCGACGGCCCAUCCGUCGCGACGGGGGCCCCUCCCACCCACGCCGAAUCGGACCAGGUCGAGAUGCCGACCAUCACCGAGGUGAGCGAGACCGACGAUGCUAAGCGAUCGAGCCGUCGCGCUGCCCCCGGACGUAUCGACACGUCCGCCGCCGCCGCCGCCGCCGCCGGCUCUUCGACGCACGACUUUGACGGCUCCGACGUCGACGACGCGACGUACGAGCAGGCCGAGGUUGUCAAGUCGCCCAGGGUGUCCGUGGGCGCCAGUCCCCGAGGCAGCUCGGAGGCUCCUCAGAAGGAGGCGCUGACCCCCCGAUCCUCGGCUCGCCUCGUUGACGUCCCCGCGCCCCGGAGCCACAGAUCCCGAUCGUCCUCGACGGAGACGGUCGACGGUCCUCGCAGCAGCUCCACCAGCCAGGCUCGCCCCGCCCCCAGCCCUGUCCGCACUGCCUCGGACGAGUCCGGCAGCUCGAGGGGCGUCGCCUCCGAGACUGCGGGCCGUCCCGCCGCGGCCGCGCCGGCGCCGUUCCAGUUCCCGCUUGACCGCGUCAGACCCUCUCUCCAGAUCAAGGACGCCUCCAUCUCCGAGUCGGAGGAGGAGCGGAGCGAUGACGGCAUCUCUGGCGUAUCCGCGCCUCGGGUCCGUCCGCCGCCCUCUUCGACUCUGCCCAGGAGCUCCUCGCUGCCCAUCAGCCGGACCGCCGCGGCGGGGACGCCCGCCGUCAAUGCUUCCCACCCUGCCGGCCACUUCGUCGAGAACAUCCCCGAGGUCCCGACCCCCCCCAUCCCUGGCCAGCACGCUGCGAGGGCUGGGGCCGGGGCCGCGACCGCAAGGGAGACGGACGACUCGACCCUGUCCCCCGUCCGGUCCAACUCCUCGCAGCGCCUGAAGUACGCGUCGGGCUCGUCGAACUCGUCUGCUAACAGCCGCCACAAGGCCACCAGGACCUCGGCCGAGGAGCAGCAGGGUGCCUCUUCGCGCUCCGAAAACGUCCCCGUGGACUUUGAGGAGCUCAUGAAGAGCAACCAGACCAUCACCUACACCCUUACCCCCGAAAAUAUGCGCGACAUGGAUUCCCCCCGGUCCAACCACAGCUCCGUCAUGACCAAGUCCUCGCGCAGCAAGGGCGACGAGCCCGCCAAGUCGGAUGAGAAGGUCCGCUCGCCAUCCAUACCCCCCGACGCCAGGAGCUCCCGCGCGGCUACGUCGGGCGGCAUCCCCAAGUCGUCGUCCGAGCCGUCCAAGGUCUCCGCUCCCGGCAAGACGGCUGGCAGGGCCGGCAAGUCCGCGCCGGUCAUCGUGCCUCCGCCCUCGCGUCCGACGAGCGCCACCUCCAGGCCUACCAACUCUCCCAAGCCUCACGUGCAAGCCCCUGCCAUCUCGCCCGCCGUGGGUUCCAAGUCGCCACGCGUGCCGGCCGCCAUGGCCCGCGAGGCUCGCGUGGACACGGAUCGGUCGACGGCCGACUUUGCCGAGUUCAUCAAGUCGACCGGCCCCCCGGGAGAUACGGUGCCUCCUCCUCCCCGCCGCACCGCCAGCGUCGCCGUGAGCACGUCGCCCCGGUCCAACGUCGGCGCCAGCACCGCCAGCACGCCCAAGGUCGGCGGCGAGCGCCGAACGUCCGCUCCCGCCAAGAACGGCGGCGCAGUCGGAAGUGGCAGCGGCGGUAACAGCCACGGCCGCUACCAAGCUCGCGACGCGGUCGCGGACAGCAAGGGUGGCGACAAGUCCGACCUCAUCGACUUCAUCCGCCAGGGCCCGCCCGGACCGCCCGGCAGCAGCCAGAUCCCGCGUCACGUCGCACCCUUCACCGUGGGCGACCCAGACGUGGCGCCGCGCACGGCCGCCGACGGCGGAUCCCUGACGGGUACGCGGAACAGCCGCGCAUCCACGAGCGUGACGGAGAACUCUCGGCAGUCGUCCGUCAACUCUCAGUCCGCGCUCGUCAACAAGAGCGGUGGCGCGCCGCAGGGUCUAGGAGUGGGGAUGGGCAUGCCGACGAGCAUCGGCAGGGUGACGAUGGGUGGCGGCGGUGACGACGCGGCGAUGCCGGAGCGCAAGCAGCGCCGCGUACGCGACCCCUACGCCAUCGACCUGAGUGACGAGGACGAUGACGUGCCGGACGACCACCUCCCCAUGCCGGCCGGCCCCCCAAGACCGCCCGCCAAGGAGGAGAGCCUGGCCGAGUUCCUCCGCAACUACGAGCCCCCGCCGUCGCCCCCGCAGCCGCAGAUACCCCCGCCGCAGAAGAAUCCGAAGAAGAAGGCCAGCGCACCCAGCCUGAUCGGGCGGUUCCGAGGCGGCUUCGGCAGCUCCUCGUCCCACAGGGAGAAGGAGCCCAAGACGGCCAAGACGUCCAGGGCACCCAAGGAAUCCAGCAGAUUCCCGCCCGCCCCUCCCCCCGUCAGCAAGAACAGCAGCCACGCCGUGCUGGACUACGGCGGCGGCGGCGGCGGCGGCGGCGGCGGCAGACCCCGCGUAGGCAGCGCAGGCCACGUCCCCAUCCAGGUCAACAUGCCGCCGGGGUACGACCGGUACGGGCCCAUCGACGGCAGCAGCUCCGCCAACAACAGCAUCAGCACCAAGACGACCAUCCCGCCUAGCACCAGGCCGCGCAAGCCGUCGAACGCGGGUGGGCCGGCCGGUCGCCCCGUGCCGAUGAAGAGGUUCGAGCCCAGGGACGCCACGCCCAUCGUCGGCUCCAGGUCGGGGACGUCCGACCUGGCCGCGUUUCUGAGGGACUCGGCCCCGCCACCCGAAACCGGGUCCCUGGCUGCCCAGAGUGCGGCUAGGGAUCCGGUCCAGGGUGGAGAGGAGAGCGGUUUCUCCAAGAUGUUUUCGAGGUCUAAGAAGGUGUAUUGA